AAGACGCAAGUGGUUGACAUGGAAAACAAGUCUUACGUGCCUUUGAAGCAGCCCAUAAUUUUCCAGUUGGAAGGGUUCAUCGUUCCCAAGGAAACGGCCCAUCUCCUCUUCGCGCUGUCCUUGCUCGGGUACCUGGCCACGCUGACGGGGAACGGCGUCGUCUGCGUCGCGAUAUUCGCCGAGAAGUCGCUGCACAAGCCCAUGUACGUCAUGAUCUGCAACCUCGUCGCCUGCGACCUGCUGGGGGGCACCGCCAUGCUGACGAGGCUGAUGUCCGACUUCCUGUCCGAAGAGCGGACCAUCACGUACGUGGCCGCCAUCUUCCAGGCGUUCAGCAUGCACACGUACGGCUCCGCCACGCAGACCAUACUGUCCGUCAUGGCGUACGACAGGUACGUCGCCAUCUGCGAGCCGCUCAGGUACCACACCAUCAUGACCAAGGGGAAACUGGUCGGGCUUUGCCUGACUGCCUGGCUCAUCGCAUUCGGCCUGGUGCUGAUCUUGUUCGUGAUGAACGUGACGACCCCGCUGUGCGGAACGCUGAUAGUGCACGUUUACUGUAGCAACAGGUCGAUACUGAGGCUGGCGUGCCACCCUACCCCUUACAACGACAUCUACGGGCUGGUCAUGACGUGGUCGUUGAGCACUGGAUCUUUCCUGGUCAUCGCCUUCUCCUACAUAAAAAUCCUGGUGGCGUGCUUGGUCGUUAGGAAGGAGACCAACAAGAGAAAAGUCAUCCAAACGUGUGCGCCUCACCUGGUUGCUUACGUCAUAUUUGAAAUCACUUCCAUCAUCAUAAUUAUGUCCUAUCGCAUUCCGGAGAUAAGUGAGAAUAUGAAGAAGUUUUGCUCGAUCCUGUCCAUAAUUCUACCGCCUAUUAUCAACCCGAUCAUAUAUGGCUUGGUAAUGAGGGACAUACGCGUCAACAUCAUCAAACUUUUUAAGAGAAAAGUUGUUCCAAAUCAGUGAACUUGAAGUUAUUAUAUGUUAUAACUUGCCCCUAUAUGAAGUUUUAGUGUACAUGAUACAUUUGUGUAUUCCUUUCAAAAUGUAAACAAUAUUGUCAAAUGAUAAA